AUGGCCAUGUCAUGUCGAUACGCCGCGCGCUCCUGCGCCCGUCAGCUGCGCUCUGCCCGUGUCGCUCCCCAGACCCUGCGCGUCUCGGCUACGACGAGGCGAUUCAACUCGACCGAGGCCGCUGCUCCCGCCAACCCCAAGAUCGAUACCAUUGUCGACCAGAUCAGCCAGCUAACGCUUCUUGAGACUGCCGACCUGGUGUCUACCCUCAAGAGCAAGCUCAACAUCCCCGACCUGCCCGUUGGUGGCUUCGCUGCCGCCCCUGCCGCUGCCGCCCCCGCUGAAGAGGCCGAGGAGGCUGCCCCCGCCGCCGCUGAGAAGCAUCUCUUCACCCUCAAGCUGCAACAGUUUGAAACGGCCAGCAAGGCCAAGGUCAUCAAGGAGAUCAAGGCCCUGCUGGGUCUCAGCUUGGUCGACAGCAAGAAAUUUGUCGAGUCCGCUCCCAAGACGAUGAAGGAGAACGUGCCUAAGGAGGAUGCCGAGAAGAUGAUUGCCACCAUGAAGGAGCUUGGCGCCACUGUCAUCAUGGAGUAA